AUGACCUCAAUCUUCUCGCUGCCGCCAACAAUUCGUUGCGCCGUCGCUCUUUUCCUCCUCCCCUCGUCCAGCCACUUCCCAUCCAAAUCACCCAUUCAAACCCGUCACAAAUCCACCUCCUCGCACCACCCACGAAAAGUCCAAUACAUGCGAGCACCCUUCAGCUACGACGACUCCCUCAAACUGCUCUCCACCCUCCAAACCAACCGCGCCAUCCGCACCUCCCUAGACGCCACGACCGACAAGAACAAAGAUGCCAUCCCCGAAAUGCUCGAAUGGUUCCGCAAAGCCGGCUACGAACCAGCAGAUCUCGCGCGCAGCGGCAUCAAGUGCGUGCACGUGGCCGGCUCGAGUGGUAAGGGCAGCGUGUGCGCCAUGAUUGAGAAUCUGCUGGUCCAUCACCAGGACUACGAGGAUGUGGAUGCCGUGGCGAGCGAGCGGAUCCAAGGACAGCUGGAGAAGAUUGGGACGUAUACCUCCCCGCAUCUUGUGGAUGUGAGGGAACGGAUACGCAUUAAUGGGGCGCCUAUCUCGAAAGUGCUGUUCUUGAAGCAUUUCUCGGCGUUGUGGGAGCGGUUUGGGAGGGUGGCUGGGAAUCGCGAUUUUGAGGGCGUGGAACCGCUGGGUGAUGUAGAGGAGGUGCGGCCUGGGUAUUUUCGGUUUCUGACCAUUCUGGCGUUUCAGAUUUUUAUGGAGGAGGGGGUUAAGACGGCGGUUGUUGAGUGUGGGAUUGGGGGGGAAUAUGAUAGUACGAAUAUCUUGCCGACCGAGGCGGUUGCGGUCAGUGUGAUUACGAAGUUGGAAUUGGAUCAUGUGGGCAUGUUGGGGGAUACGAUUGAGGAUAUUGCGUGGCAUAAGGCGGGGAUUAUAAGGGCUGAACCUCCUGCGUUUACGGCUCCUCAGGUUCAGGGUGCGCUUGAGGUUGUGUUGAGAAGGGCAGCUGUCAUGGGUGCGGAUUUUGCUGUUACGCAUCGAUUGCCUGUGCUGGAAACAGAUACUAUCACGUUGGGUCUGUUAGGUGACUUUCAGAAAGACAACGCAAGUCUCGCCGUCGUAGCAGCUGCUGCAUUUCUCCGAGACAUCGGCGUCGACGCAGAAUCUCUACCCACACCCGACGAAAUAGCCGACGGUGACCCCCUCCCCGACCGUUUCGUCCGCGGCCUCGAAACAGUAAGCUGGCCCGGCCGCUGCGAAAUCUACAAAAACGGCAACCUAGAAUGGUGUCUAGACGGCGCGCACACCGACGAAGGCAUGCGCGCCGUCGCCAAAUGGUUCCGCGGCAAGAUGGACGCCGCCUACGCCGAAACCGACACGGCAACCAUGCUCAUCUUCAACCAGGACGAGCGCGACGGCAAUGCCCUCCUCUGCACCCUCAUCGAGGCCCUCACGGAUCUCGAAGAGGGCGCCGUGCAUUACUCCCGCAUGUUCAAGUUCGCGGCGUUUUGUCCGAAUGAGGCAUUUCCUGUGGCGAAGGGCGAGGAGGAGAGGGAUCUAAGUAAACAGCAGAAGUUGUUGAGGACGUAUAUGAAUAUGGAUCGGAAUGCCGUCGCGGCGGUUUAUAGUAGUGUGGGUGAGGCGGUUCAUGCUGCGGUCCGCGUGUCGGAUCGCACGAAGCAGAGGGCGUUGGUGCUUGUUACGGGGAGUUUGCAUUUGGUGGGUGCGUGGAUUGAGAAUGUGCCUGAGAAACAUAGGUUGCGUUCGGGGAAGUGA